AUACGAGAUAUGCAUAAACAGUUAUCUAACGGUGAAGUAUUCAUACAAAGUUUGAUUACGGAGCAAAAAUUAGUCAAAAGCAAAAACUUAUAACGUUAAGAUGAGAUCCUUUACCCUCACAACGCUACUUUUGGCGCUCACCUGCAUGUCUACGCGUGCACAAUUUAGUUUUCCUGGAACGCAACAGGCGAUUGAUGGCAGCAGCCGUUACCCCAGAAAUCCAGCACAACAAUCAGCAAACGGCAUAUCUAACCCUAAUAGUAUUGACAACCUUGGCAGCCGUUAUCCAACGCAAACUGCACUGGGUAAUGCAGGUUUCGGCGCUGGCAGUAGCAGCUUACCUGGGCAAUCGGGUAUUAGUGCACCGGCACCAAGCGCCGCUAAUGGCAACCCUAACAACCGUAUAUUGGGUCUACUUGGCGGCGGUGGUGGUGGUGGUCUGUUUGGCAAUCUUAUUGGCGCUUUAACGGGUAGAAAUCGUCCAGCUGAAGCUGGUGGUAGUGCUGGUGGUUUUGGCGGUGGCGCUUAUCCAUAUCCAGUACCUGUUUCAUAUCCCGGAUAUUCACCUUACGGUCCACCAUCGCCUUAUGGUGGUGCUUUUGGUUAUCCUGGUUUCGGUGGUGGUUAUUAUGGUUAAAUAAUAGUCGGAAGCAACAACUUCGUUGUGAUUUGUGCAUUCGUUAUAUUAACUAAAAGUAUUAAUAUUUGUUAUUUAUUACAUUUUAAUCUUUUAUAACUGUUAUCUUAAGGAAAUAAAUUGUUUUUGUAACUUAACUGAA